AUUACGUGAUCGGCGUACGAAACCUUAACGUCACGUUUGCAAACACGCAAAUUUCAGGUACCAUUACGUUUAUAGGUAGACAACGCGGUCCCUCCGAUGUCACACGUGCACCGUUGUCCUCCAUGUUUGGUAACGUUUUUAAAUAACAACCUUUCUGUUCAUCGAGUGGGUCUUCGACAUACAUUUCUCAAUCUCAGCCUUGGUUCAGACGUUCUGAACUGUGUCGAACGCUUUACACUAUAUGGCGGAAUCGAAACUUCUGAAUCGCCUCUUAGAAGACUUCCUUGAGUGUCAGAUCUGCCUGCAGCCCUACUGCCGGCCUAAGGUACUGUCUUGUCUUCAUUCCUUCUGCCAGCAGUGUCUUGAAGAGGUUUUGAAGAAGCAAAAGGUCAAAACCGAGCUAGACUGCCCCACCUGUCGCACCAAGUCUUUACUUCCGGGUGGCGGGGUCGCGGAACUGAAAGAUAAUUUCUUCGUGGAGAGCCUGAAGGAUACGAUUGACGUCCACAAGAAGCUGACUAAUGAAGGAGAGAGUCUGGUCUGUGGGAGCUGUGAGACCAAGUCAGGAGCGGAGUCUUUUUGUACGGAAUGUGGCUUCUUUUUAUGUGACGAAUGUGUAGCAAUCCACCGUCGUAUAGCGGUGACCAGAGGUCACCAGGUGAUCGGUGUAGAGCAGCUCAAGGCCGAAUCCGACACCGUUAAGAUCAAGCCUCGUCCCCUGCCACCGUGUAGGGUCCACUCACAGGAGGCUCUCAAGUUCUUCUGCACCAACUGUAGCGAGGCUAUUUGUCAGGUAUGCACCGCUCUGUCCCACAAGGACCACAAUUACGAGUAUUUCACUGACACAGCUGUGAAAGCUAAAGAAGACAUAAGCGCUCUUCUUGCGAAAACAGAAAAGAACGGAUGGGAGACCUUAAGAACGCUGACCAAUAGGCGAACGCACAGAAGACCGAGCUCGAGAAAAAUGUCACCGAAACUAUCGAAAAGAUCAAGAGGAAAGCAGAAAAAACUAGAAAGGAUUUAGUUGCGCUUGUCAAUCAGCAAGAGGCAGAGUUACUGGAUUGUGUUAACACGGUGAGCCAGACCCGGAGAAAGGAGAUCUCCAUCGCUAUAGAAGAGAUAGAAACGGCGACUGUGGCGUUAGAGAGCGCGGCAGAGUUCGGACGGAACAUCGUGGAACACGGAUCGGAGUUUGACAUCAUGGCGGUCAGUGGGGAAGUGAAUAUUAGAUUGAAGAAACUGUUACAGGUAGAGCUUGCCGAUAUUACAGAGGAAUUACCUACGAAGGCCUACAUCGAUUUUGAAGAGGACGAGAUGUCAGACAUGGCCAGGUAUCGCCUGGGAGAAGUGAAAACAACGCAGGCCGAUUCAGGUUUCCGUACUGCCCGUUUCACGACCCUCGGUACCACCGGCCGUCUGGGCCCGAAGGCCUACAUCGAUUUUGAGGAUGACGACACGUCAGACAUGGUCAGGUAUCGCCUGGGAGAAGUGAAAACAACUCAGGGUAAGAUUUACAAGUCUCACAAAAGUAUACAUAUUUGCUAUGGUGAUUGCUAAAAUCACAAACCCUACUCACAAUGUAGAGCUUGUGAUAGUCUACUAACCACUGCUUUAAAAG